ACAACAUCAUGGCGGCGUACGUGCUGAACAUAAACACGGCACACUUUUACCCACGAAGAUAAGCAAUCGGAUAAUGACAAACGAUUCAAUUUGCGUUUAAAUGGUCAAGUCAAAUGAUGAACAAGAAAACUGACGGCGAAAUAUGCCAAAUCCAAGAAAGCACGACCAUAACACUGGCUCAAAUGACUUAAGUGAAAUCUGGAGUCAUGGUUCCACAUUUUCACAAAAAAGGCUGAGAACAAACAAAUCGGGUAAAAGUCAGAAACUGACACCCCAAUCUUCACCUUCUGUCAGGAAGUCACCACAUACUCGGUCUAAAGGUCUGGAGACCCCCAAACGACGAGCGAGGGGCAGAUACACAGGCUUAAACAGCACUGCUGAUUCCCCCGGCGAUGGAGAUAUUUUACAAGACAUCAUCUGGGACCCGGCAUCACCUACUCCUGCUAGAAGUGGCGAAGGGCCCGGCAACACCAGAGUUGUUGAGAUAUCAGACAUUGUCAACCGGAUCGCCCCUAAGGAUGCCCAGCAUGUCUCUGUGGAUAGUCCUCUGCUCCAGUGGAUUGGGGACAGUGCUGUCCCAUGUACCCCAGAGGUACGCCCUCCCAAAGCAAGGAAGAAAUCCACUCGGAAAAGCUCAGUGGAGGACUUGAUGCAGCUGGCCAGGCAGUUUGACAUCAACAUGCACCAGCAGGACCGAGAGAAGAGGAGUGCGGAACACACACACGAUACCAUAAACAACAACCGCUACGGGGAGGAACCCAAGGGCCCGACGACAAUGUCCUCAUCAGCCCAGCAGGUAGAGGCGGAGCUUAACGCUCUGUUCGACGGGCCGACGCAGCGAGUCACCGGACGGCUCAGCCAAGGGUCGACCGCCUCCACCUGUUCUCAGGAGGUCAAGGUUCAAGUUGGGGUCAGCCAUCUCACUGCCGAUGACCUCGUCAAAGAGUCGGAGGUCAAGCCUGGCGGUGGAAGCACGUCUGGUUCAUCGGCUCGUACUGGUAAAGAGGAAGUGGAACAGUGGAACGCCACGACGACUGUGGCGAAAGACGAGGACUUUGACUGGGAGGAUGAUGACCUUCUCAGUGACCCUAUCGUGUUGGAGAUGACCCAGAAUCCUGAGGGGCUGAAAACGCCGUCCCCCAAACCCAGCAGCUCACUGACUCUGAGCACUGACAGAGACCACACACAGCUGCUGACAGAUACAGAGGAGACCCUACCACCCUCCUCUACUACCUCUAAUCCUAUCAGCCUGCCUUCUCACUCUGUCUGGAAGGGGACAAGCACACACCUCCAACCCUCAAACAGAGGUGGCGUCACUGGGCCUUGUCCUAAACCCAACAGCAGAAGGACUUUCCUGCUGGAGCCCAACCGUUGUUUCCAGGUGAAUAUGGCUCCGACAACCAAAGAAGCACUCAGACCGUUCCUCACUGCUGUAGAGGCCCAGCCUGAGAGACCCAGGCCCGGCGUGUCUGCGGCUGUGGGGAGUAGGGGCCCCAGUAGAGACUCUGCAGAGGGGAAGGCUGAUGGGGUGAGCACAGCUACAACUCCAACCUCACGUGGAACCACAGCCCCAGACUCCGCUUUCAAAGACUUCUCAGAGGAGGACCUCCAGUCCCUGUUUGACUCCGAGUCACUUUGGAACGACGACGAAGGUGGCGAUGACUUACUGCUGUAUCAGGUGUGUGACGACGUGGAGAGGAUCUCCAACAGUCAGCCCCUGUCCGAGGAUGCCUCAGUAACCACGGACACCACCGAGGUCCGCUUCCAAGAGAGCAGACCAAAAGCUCCUCCAUCCGGCCCUCUGGCUGCAACAAGAGAGGGGACUAUGACUAUGGAUAGGGCUGUAGGUGGUCCUAGCAGUAAACAGUCAACCACCUGCACGUCCGGCCGCUCCAACUCAGUGAGAGAGGGGUCUAUGACUAUGGAUAGGGCUGUAGGUGGUCCUAGCAGUAAACAGUCAACCAACUGCACGUCCGGCCGCUCCAACUCAGCACCAGGAGAUGGGAGCAUGACUAUGGAUGGCUUUCAGAGAUGGAACAUUCCAGUGAAAGCAGGAAACCACCUGCAGUCACGUCCCAGAGCCAUCCAGGCAGUGGGGAGGGUCUAUGAGUUUACCCAGCUGAAGGGUGCUCCAGGCUGGGGAACAUUUGGCCUAGGAUCCAGUCAACUGUUUGUCAACAGUCAGCUGACGGGGAGAUGCACGGAGGAGGAGAUUGAGAGGAAGAAGCAGGAGGCCAUAGCCAGAAGAAGGACCAGAGAAACCUCCCUAAAAGCAGGGGGACUUCCUCUGUGA